CCCCAUUCCAAAGCGACAUUUCACAAUGACAACCGAGAGACAGUGGCAAGUAGUCGAGAACCUCAAGGAGGUUCAGGCACAAGUUGUCAAAGCAGUCGAAGGAAAAAGAGAAGCACGUCUGGUUGCAGUUAGCAAAUACAAACCUGCUGAAGACUUGAUGUAUUGCUACGAAGCUGGACAGAGACACUUUGGAGAAAAUUACGUCCAAGAAUUGGUUGAUAAGAGUGAGAAGCUCCCACGAGACAUCCAAUGGCAUUUUAUUGGCCAUCUACAGAGUAACAAGUGCAAGGCUGUGGCAGGCAUUCCCAAUCUGUUUGCUGUUGAGACUGUCGAUAGCUCAAAGAAAGCUGAUGCGCUCAAUAAGGCCUGUGUUUCUGUCGGUAGAAAUGAACCAUUGAGAGUGUUUGUACAGAUCAAUACUAGCAAUGAAGAAGCUAAGAGUGGUACAAGCCCAUCUGAUGCCACAACCGUGUGCAAACACAUUAUCGAAAGCUGUCCCCAACUUAGUCUCCAGGGUCUAAUGACGAUUGGCAUGUUUGGACGUGAACCAGCCGAGAAAAAUCCUGACUUUGAAUGUUUGGUGGAGUGUAAGAAAACAGUUGAGGCUGAAAUCCCUGGCAAAAGCUUGGAACUGAGCAUGGGCAUGUCUGAUGACUUUGUGCAAGCAUUGGAAGCUGGAUCUACGAAUGUGAGAGUGGGCAGCAAGAUCUUUGGCGCACGAAAGAAAUAGAUUGAAACCAGUAUAAAAAAAAACGGAGCAUGUUAGUCAGAUGUAAUAGUUACAUAUCUCUCUAUAGCUGUUGUUUUAGUCUUCUGACUCUAGACGCAUUAUCGUAAUCACCCUACUACAAAUAUCAAGUAGUCGAGCAAGAAAACGAAUGACUUAUUAUAAAUUGCUUAUUAAGGCCAUAUAUUCG